AUGAGGUCUCACGGCCCCCAUGGUUUGCUUGUGGAAGCCGUCAAAACCCAACAACGGAGUAGUGACAUCGCUCGAGAAGGGUGGCGACACUAUUGUGGAUCACUUGGCAACGGGAUCCAGGAUCCCGCCAAGCAUAGCCUCGAGUUCUUGCAGGAGUUCUUGGCUUUGCUGCAAUCUGAAGAGAUUCUGAGUCAGAACUUGGAGAAUGUGGAGAACCCCGAAGGGCGGCUUGUGCGGAGCUGCUGUCCUUCACUUGGCUCAGAACAGCUGGAGAUCCUAAUGCCUGAGAGCGAGGUGAGCGUCAUGAAAGACGUUGUAAAUUCCAAUUGCUAUGGCUUUGCCCCUGGUAAAGCUUGCACCCUUUGCUCUGGCGACAUUGUGCUGGACAUCGGAGCACACGUUGGCACGGCAUCAGCUUUGGCUUUGAAGACUCUUGGGGUUUCUGUGGUUUGUGUGGAACCGCAUCCCGUAACUUUCGGCCUCUUGUCCAGUAACCUUGCUUCCAGCCCGAGGGCUACACUUGUGAACAAGGCGCUGGCUGAGUCGUGCGGCAAGCGCGAUCUCUAUGCGCACCGGGGCACCAACAAUCCUUCUCGCCUGUUUUUUGCGUCACUUUUUGCCACGCGCAGCCACGCGGACGUAACCAUUCCAGUGGAGUGCGUGACGUUGCAGGAACUUAUUACAACAUACAGCCCCUCGGUAAUUAAGAUUGAUGCUGAGGGGGCAGAACGGUACUUGGCAUCUAUCCAGGACUUCGGAGUUGUGCGACGGCUGGUUGCAGAGUGGGAUUGGGCCCACAACCGCCACCGAGACAUGUGGGAUGAUGCCAGGAGGGCUCUCGAGCUGCAUGGCUUUAAGCUCACAAUUCGCGGUCGCAUGCCUGACUUUGAUGAACAUGGGCAUGCAAUCCUUACAGAUGGGCGCCUUAAGAAACGGGGCAAUACAGGAAUGAUCUUCUUCGCUGCCCGGAAGGUCCGGAAGGGCUGCGCGCAACCGGCGCCAGCUGUGUCGGAGACCUGCGAAGCUGCUGGUGAUGCAGCGCCGGAAGGAGCACUGCAUGUUGCAGGUGCGCAGCCCGACCUAGCCUCGCAACUGGAGGCCUUGACGCUGGAGCAAAUGGAGGAGCGCCUAGUUUACUUUGGACAAGAGGUACGGCCGGUUGCUCCCACGGAGUUUUUCCUCACGGGCUUCAAGGAGCGGCGCCGCGGCGAACUGGUCCGGGCCUUAUGUGAGGCGUACAAGUCUCAAGCCCGUAUCUUCCAGGCUUCGAAGGGCCUCCCGCUUCAGACAGAGCCUCUCAGUCCUCUCAGUCGCCUGCUGGCAGUAUUGCGGCGCGUCAAGUUUGAAGAGAAUGCCCGGCCAAGUGUGAAUGCAUCGGGCUACAUCAUCUUGAGGGCCGCUCAGGCCGCGAAGUUUGCGGAGUCCUGGGGUGAUGAGCGCUUGCUGGGUGAGCUGUGGGCUCUGGCUGGAGAAGUGCUGCGUGAGGCAUCUCCGAAGGCCGCCGCGUUUCAUUUCACGGCUUUGGCAGUGACAAAGAAUUUCCGAGGGAGCCCGCAUGUAGAUCAGAACGACCUAUCGGUGCAGUACGCGCUGUCGACGGGGAGUUUUGAAGAGGGUGGGGAGCUGUGCGUUGAAGAAAACCCAAAUUUAGUUCAUGUACUGGACACGCGCAACCGCCUGGCAUGCAUUGAUGGUCGCUUUCCUCACUGGGUCUCUGGCUACACUGGGGAGCGGUUUUCUGUAAUCUACUACCGCAGCAGGGGCGAUUUUGACCCACCGAUUCUUGCUGUACAUCCCGCUUGCUGA